UCCAGUACCGGGGGAGGGAGACCCUGGUGUUCCGUGGGCUGCGCUGUGACCCGCUGCCGGGAGCUGUGAGGAGAGCGGGGCGAGCUCGGAAUCCGCCAUGGAUGCAGUGACCUAUGAGGAUGUGCAUGUAAACUUCACUCAUGAAGAGUGGGCUUUGCUGGAACCUCCCCAGAAGAGUCUCUACAAAGAUGUGAUGCUGGAAACCUAUUGGAACCUCACUUGUGUAGGUUACAAAUGGGAAGACCAUAAUAUUGAAGAACAUUGUCAGAGCUCUAGAAGAAAUGGAAGGUGUGUCAUCUGUCACUCUGGAUACAAUCCAUGUGAGCAUAAGCGAUAUGGAAAGAAGCAUUGUAGUUCUGUCUCUCUCAGAACAAUUGGAAGAUAUGUGGUAGUCCCCACUAUGAGAAUACAUGAUGACUGUGAUACAAGUUUACAAUUAACUGGUGUUCCCACUUCAGUGGGAAUUUAUCAAGAAACUCUCAUUGGAGAAAAUGAGGACCAGGAAUAUGGAAAUUCAUUUCUCUCUUCUGGUUCACUCUGCACAUAUAGUGUAGCUCACAGUAUAAGAAAAUGUUAUAAAUGCAAUCAGCAUGGUCCAACUCUGAGUUCUUCAUGUUCUCUUCAAAGAUGUGAAAAAAAUCAUGUGAUUAGAGAAAAUAAUAAAUGUGAGUCAUCUACUAAAGGCUUUAGCCAUUACAGGCAUCCUCAAACACAACAAACAUCUAAUAAUGAAGAGAAUCUCUAUGAAUAUAAUCAAUGCGAUAAAGCCUUUAGAUGUGAUUGCUCUUUAAAGCACCAAAGAACUCAUUUGGAAGGAAAACCCUGUGAGUAUAGUCAAAGAUAUAAAGGCUUUACAUGUCACAGUCUUCAUCAAGUACAUGGAAUUCCAACUAGGGAGAAAAGGUGUGAAUAUCAGCAAUGUGAUAAAGCCUUUGAAUGUCCCAUAAUACAUAAUAGUAAUUACACUGGAGAGAAACCCUAUGAAUGUAAUCAAUGUGGUAAAGCCUUUAGAGGGAAGAAUAGUCUUCUAAGUCAUGAAAGAAUUCUUACUGGAGAGAAACCUUAUGAAUGUAAUCAACGUGGUAAAGCAUUUGCAUAUAACAGCCAUCUUCUCAGUCACUUAAGUCAUACUGGAGAGAAAUCUUAUGUAUGUAAUCAGUGUGGUAAAUCAUUUGAACAGAUGUGUGAUCUUCACACACAUGAAAUAAUUCAUCCUGGAGAGAAACCCUUUGAAUGUAAUCAAUGUGGUCAAGCCUUUGUACAGAAGAGUGUUCUUCACAGACAUGAAAUAAUAUAUACUGGAGAGAAACCCUAUGAAUGUAAUCAAUGUGGUAAAGCCUUUGCAGAGAAGAGAAGUCUUCAGAGUCAUGAAAGAUUUCACACUGGAGAGAAACCAUAUAAAUGUAAUCGAUGUGGUAAAGCCUUUGCACAGCAGAGUCAUCUUCAUAGACAUGAAAGCCUUCAUACUGGAGAGAAACCCUAUGAAUGUAACCAAUGUGGUAAAGCCUUUGCACAGAAGAGUUACCUUCUCAGUCAUGAAAGAAUUCAUUCUGCAGAGACACCUUAUGCAUGUAAUCAAUGUGGUAAAGCUUUUUCAUAUAAUAGCCGUCUUCUCACUCACUUAAAAACUCAUACUGGAGAGAAAUCCUAUGAAUGUAAUGAAUGUGGCAAACUCUUUGCACAGAAGAGUUAUCUUCUGAGUCAUGAAAGAAUUCAUACUGCAGAGAAACCUUAUGCAUGUAAUCAAUGUGGUAAAGCUUUUCCAUAUAAUAGCCGUCUUCUCACUCACCUAAAAACUCAUACUGGAGAGAAAUCCUAUGAAUGUAAUGAAUGUGGCAAACUCUUUGUGCACAAGAGUUAUCUUCUGAGUCAUGAAAGAAUUCAUACUGCAGAGAAACCUUAUGCAUGUAAUCAAUGUGGUAAAGCUUUUCGAUAUAAUAGCCGUCUUCUCACUCACUUAAAAACUCAUACUGGCGAGAAAUCCUAUGAAUGUAAUGAAUGUGGCAAACUCUUUGUGCACAAGAGUUAUCUUCUGAGUCAUGAAACAAUUCAUACUGGAGAGAAACCCUAUAAAUGUAAUCAAUGUGGUAAAGCCUUUAGAGGGAAGAAUAGUCUUCUCAGUCAUGAAAGAACUCAUACUGGAGAGAAACCCUAUGAAUGUAAUCAAUGUGGUAAAGCCUUUGCACAGAAGAGUCAUCUUCACAGACAUGAAAGUCUUCAUACUGGAGAGAAACCCUAUGAAUGUAAGCAAUGUGGUAAAGCCUUUGCACUGAAGAGUCGUCUUCAAAGUCAUGAAAGAAUUCAUAGUGGAGACUAUGAAUGUAAUCAAUGUGGUAAAGCCUUUACAGAGAAGUGUCAUCUUCUCAGUCAUGAAAGAAUUCAUACUGGAGAGAAACCCUAUGAAUGUAACGAAUGUGGCAAACUCUUUACACAGAAGAGUCAUCUUCACAGUCAUGAAAGAAUUCAUACUGGAGAGAAACCCUAUGAAUGUAACCAAUGUGGUAAAGCCUUUGCACAGAAAUGUAGACUUCAAAGUCAUGAAAGAAUUCAUCGUGGAGAAAAACCCUAUGAAUGUAAUCAAUGUGGUAAAGCCUUUGCACAGAAGAGUCAUCUUCUCAGUCAUGAAAGAAUUCAUAAUCGUGAGAAACCCUAUGAAUGUAAUUAA